UAUAUAAUAGUUUCCGAAACGAACUUUCGUUUCGUUAUUUCAGACAUCCAGUGAUGUUUUUUACAUGUUUCCCAUAUUAUCAAAAUUACGUAGUAAUUCUUCUGCAGCCCUUUCAAGUAAACUUGCCAACUUUUCGUCGGGCACAUGCUCAUCCAAUUAUUCACGCCAUAUUGCCCUUAAUAGCACUAAAAUAAAACCUUCACUCAAGUCACAUUCACCAGAAAAAUAAUCUAUUUAAUGUGAAAUUCACACACAUAAUAAACAUUUAAUGAUCCACAAGGGGAGCCUCUAUAAGCUGUCUCACGGAUGAAGGAGCUGAAAUUAAAACCGUAAGGCCUGGAUUAAUAAAGCUACCAAAAGUAAGUUAAAUAUAUACACCCGCCCUGUUAGAAGUACUGGCCAGAUUUCUUUUUAAAUAACACCUCACUGUCUUGAAAAUGGAUGAAUACAUUGAAUAAAUCGAAUUCGUUUGAGAAUACGGAAUACCAGAUGAUUACUCCUUUGAAAAUAAUUUUUACUCUGAAUACAUAAUAUUUAUGCUAUUUUAAAGACUUGAAAAAGAUAUUAUAGAGGAGAGAUGUAUGUUAUACAGGACGGAAGUCUGUCUUAGAGUAUCCAUGAAAUAUUUCAUCUAAAUGAGACGAUUUGCAAAGUUUCUCAAUUCAGUUAUUUUGAAUAAUUUUUCAAGUUGGACGUAUUUAUAUGAAUUUUGCAGCAUUUUCAUGCAUCGACAAAGAUCACAGUUGAUGGAAAUAUAGAAGAAAUAAAUAUUUGUGAGGAAAACUUUUUGUAUCUUGAGGCAAAGCAAGGAAAAUUAUGGAAAAUACAUUAUGCGAUGUUUGUGGAAAAUCAUUCUCUGGACACGAGGACUUGAUUAAACACAUCUGCCACCAUGAAUUUGUAGCAGGGAGACCACAUCACUGUGACAUCUGUGGUAAAUCAUUCUCCAGGAGAAGCAACUUAAUUAUUCACAGGCGUAUCCAUACAGGAGAAAAGCCAUAUCCUUGUGAUAUCUGUGGUAAAUCGUUUUCUGAAAAUGGUGUUUUGACUAAACACAAGCGCAUUCACACAGGAGAGAAGUCCUAUCACUGCGAUAUCUGUGGUAAAUCCUUCUCUAGAAAUAGUAACUUAACUACUCACAAGCGUAUUCAUACUGGAGAAAAAUCAUAUCACUGUCAUAUUUGUGGUGAUUCAUUCUCUCAUGGAAAUAACUUGACUAAACACAUACGAAUUCAUACAGGAGAGAGACCAUAUCACUGUAAUGUCUGUGGUAAAUCAUUCUCUCAGAAUGGUCACUUAACCCAACACAAACGCAUUCAUACAGGAGAGAAGCCAUAUCACUGCGAUAUUUGUGGUAAAUCUUUCUCAGGAAAUGGUGAAUUAACUAAACAUAAACGCAUUCACACAGGAGAGAAACCAUAUCACUGUGAUAUCUGCGGUAAAUCAUUUUCUCGGAGUGAUCAUUUAAGUACACAUAAAGACAUUCAUACAGGUAAAAAACCAUGUUACUGUGAUAUCUGUGGUAAGUUCUUGUCUGGGAGCAGUAACUUAGCUAUUCACAAACGAAUACAUACAGGAGAGAAACCAUAUCACUGUGAGAUCUGUGAUAAAUCAUUCUCUCAAGGUGGUGACUUAAUCACUCACAAACGCAUUCAUACUGGAGAGAAGCCUUAUGACUGUGAUAUCUGUGGUAAAUCGUUCUCUGCAACAAGUCCUUUAACUAAACACAAACGCAUUCAUACAGGAGAGAAGCCAUAUCAUUGUGAUAUUUGUGGUAAAUCAUUCUCUGGAAGUGGUAACUUAUCUAGACAUAAGCAUAUUCAUACAGAAGAAACACACUAUGACUGUGAUAUCUGCAGUAAAUCAUUCUCUCAAAAGAGCCAGUUAGCUACACAUGUACGUAUUCAUACAGAAGAAUAACAGUCAAUAUCAAAAGACUUUCUAUGAAAAAAAAUAAUUUCUACAACAAUAAAUAAAUAUAUUCAGAAUAGAAAGAAGAUGUAACAGUGGGAUAAGAGACUCUCCAAACUUUGUUACACCACAACUAUAUAUAUAUUGGGGACAUGAUAUAUUAUCAAUAAAAAAACUUUCAAAAUA